AUGGCUGGCAAGGCAGAGGAGGUCCAAGCGUACGCGGACCGCAACGAAUGGGCGAACUUCUUCGCUGCGACCAAGGCUGCCUGCGGUCUCACAGUCACGGGAACCACUCCUCUUCGCGGCGCCAACAAAGUUACCCUGCUCACUGAAAAGGCACAAAUUCUAAAGCUCUUCGCCGACCGCUUCAGAAAUGUCCUCAACCGCCCUUCCGCCGCCAUCUCCGACGCCGUCAUCGUUCAACUGCCUCAUAUGGAGACCAACGCCGAUAUCGACCUCCAAGUCUCUCUCCACGAAACCAUCAGGGACGUGCAGCAAAUCUCUGGCACUAACCCAUCCAGAUCAGACGCCAUCCGUGCUGAGAUUCACAAGCACGGCGUCCCCAACUUAUGGAUCACUUCACAGCGCCCUUUCAGGCGAUGA